AUGAAGAAACGACUCAAGAGUCCAGAGCUUUAUACUAUAGGAUGGAUAGCGGCGCUGCCUAUCGAGCGUGCAGCGGCCACAGCUGUGCUUGAUGAGCGUCACGAACCACCCGAAGACUUUGAACAAAAUCAAUCCGACACCAACUCGUACACCUGGGGUCGAAUUGAAAAUCACAACGUUGUGAUUGCCUCCCUUCCUGCUGCUAGCCAUGGGCUGGCCCCGGCCGCAACCACAACCUCGAAUCUCCUAUCGUCUCUCCCACAAAUCAGAAUUGGCUUACUGGUUGGAACCGGCGGUGCUGUGGCACGUCCCAAACAAGACCGGGACAUACGACUUGGCGAUGUUGUCGUUGGCCAACCCCAUGGAAUGACGGGAGGAGUUAUUCAAUAUGACAUGGGAAAGGCCGGGUCGCAAGGGGUAUGGGAGCGGACAGGUUCUCUAAAUCGUCCGCCGCCAGUCCUCCUUAGUGCGCUAGCAAGCUUACAGGCUGAGCACGAAUUCACACCGUCGCGAAUACCAGAGUUGCUACAAUCUAUGUGGAUGGCGAACCCUCAGAUGCAAAAGGCGAAGAAUAACCAGUCUAGCUACAUGUACCAGGGAACCAACUAUGACCGGCUAUUUGAGUCUGCCUACGACCAUGUUGGGCAGGAUAAUUGUGUUGAAUGUGAUUCAACGCGGGAAGUCAAGCGAGAGCCGCGAGAUACAAAUGACCCAGAGAUUCACUAUGGGAUUAUCAUGUCUGGCAAUACUCUUGUUAAGGAUGCAGCUACUCGGGACAGGAUAGCAGACGAGGUUGGAACGGCUUGUUUGUGUUUUGAGAUGGAAGCUGCGGGAUUAAUGAACAGCUUCCCUUGCCUUGUGAUAAGAGGAAUUUGCGAUUAUGCAGAUUCACACAAGAACGACCUCUGGCAGCGAUAUGCCUCUGCUACAGCGGCUGCCUUUGCCAAAGAAUUGCUGGACUUCGUGCCAAUUACGCAACUGCAGGCAACACAACGUGCUAUUGAUGUUUUCAAAACGACGCUCGACCGCCUCCCGGUUGUUUCAGGGGCAUCGUUUGACGACUAUGCAGAAGAACACAGUCCAUUCUGUCUGCCAAACACCCGAGUGGAGCUGCGCCAACAUAUUCUAUCAUGGGCUGAGAGUCCAGUGGCAAAAACCAUAUUUUGGCUGAAUGGUAUGGCAGGCACCGGAAAGUCCACUAUAUCCAAAACUAUCGCACGUUCUUUGUCAGAAAAAGGGCAGCUUGGUGCUUGCUUCUUCUUCAAAAGGGACCAAGCGGACCGAAGGAGCAUGGCGAAAUUCUUUCCUACGCUUGCCGCACACUUGGCACAGAGAAUACCCGCGGUGGCUGCUUACAUUGAGGAUGCUCUUGACGAUAAUGGUGCUGUUCUACGGAAGACCCUGAGAGAGCAAUUCGACACACUCAUUUUGGAGCCGCUAUCUAAAAUCCCGCCUGACCUCAAAAAAGACGUUGUUGUCUUCGUUAUUGAUGCAUUGGAUGAGUGCGAGCGAGACGAAGACAUUAGACUUCUCAUUCACCUGCUUUCUCGCACUAAACUCAUGGAGUCUGCCGGACUAAGAGUAUUUGCAACUAGCCGUCCCGAUUUACCAAUUCGUAUAGGAUUCAAACAGAUUGAGGGCACGUAUCAGGAUGUGGUCCUCCAUACAAUGCCGCACGCUAUUGUCGAGCAUGACAUAUCCGCCUACAUCGGACACCAGCUUGCCAAAAUCAAGAUGGAUUACAAUGCCUUAGUUCGAUUGGAUCGACAACUGCCAUUGUCCUGGCCCAGCCGGUCUACUGUUAAAUCUCUGGUAAAGAUGGCAGUGCCACUGUUUAUUUUCGCCUCUACUAUGUGCCGUUUUAUCGGUGAUCUAAAGCAUGGCGACCCACGCUGUCAGUUGAAAGACGUUUUGCGAUUUCAAUCAAGGGGUGGCGUGUCACAACUGCACGCAACGUACAUGCCCGUUUUGAAUAAACUAAUCCCGCAAACCCCUGACGCACGGCGGGAGGAAAUUCUGAAGGACUUCAAAGACAUUGUAGGGACUAUUGUAAUUCUCUCAGACCCUCUAUCAAUAUCCACGUUAGCACAUAUGCUCCGUAUUCAGCAAGACAAAAUCGACAACAUGUUGGAUCAUCUGCAUUCAGUUUUGAACGUCCCACCGUCGGCGGAGUUGCCCGUACGAUUACUACACCUAUCCUUCCGUGACUUUUUAACAGACGACGAUCAACGUGGAAAGAGUCCUUUUUGGAUAGAUAAGGAGCAAGCUCACUAUGUCAUGGCUGUUAACUGUCUACGAAUAAUGGGCGAUCUUCAACAAGACAUUUGCAGUGUGAAAGACCCAGGCACAUAUCGUUCUGCCAUCAAGGCCCAGAAUAUAAAGUCAUCUAUUCCACAAGCAUUACGAUAUGCUAUUUUAUACUGGCCAUUCCACCUGGAUGGGGCUAAAAACCAUGCACCAAGUUGCGACCAAGUCUAUGCAUUUCUUACCGAUCAUUUCCUCCAUUGGAUCGAAGCGCUCAGCCUCAUUGGGAAAGCAAACGAGAGUAUUAAUCUUAUCAACUUCUUACGGUCGUACUCCACAAGCCAGCACCAUAAAGAACUAUCGGAUUUCCUUGAAGAUGGCAGGAGGCUGAUCCUCGCAAAUCUUCCAGCUAUUGACGCAACGCCUCUUCAACUAUAUUCUUCGCUGCUGUUAUUCACGCCGAAAAACUGCAUCGUGCGAAAGGUCUUUCAGAAUAAAGUUCCUCGUGGGAUAUCACUGGAACCACCAGACACAAGCUGGGGGCCUCGUUUGCAGGCCCUCGAGGGCCAUACCGGGCAUGUGGCAGCGGUAGCCUUCUCACAUAACUCGGAACUAGUGGCAUCAGGCUCGUAUGAUAGGACUACACGAGUUUGGUGUACAUAUACUGGCGAGUGCAGGCAGAUCUUCGAGGGCCACGAGGGGAAGAUAUUCGCAGUAGCCUUUUCACAUGACUCGGAGCUGAUAGCCUCAGCAUCCGGGGAUCAAACUGUACGAAUAGGUGAUACAUGUACCGGCGAGACUAAGCAUGUCCUUAGAGGCCAUAACGCUAUAGUACGCGCAGUAGCCUUCUCACACGACUCAGAGCUAGUAGCCUCCGGCUCUAGAGAUGGAGUUAUAUGCCUUUGGAAUACAGAUACAGGCGAGUGUAGGCAGACCCUCAAUGGUCAUGGUGCUCAGGUGAACUCUGUUGCUUUUUCUCACAAUUCAAACUUAAUCGCCUCAGCAUCAAACGAAAAGACUAUACAUAUCUGGUAUACGGAUACAGGGAAGAGAAAACAGACCCUUGCGGGUCAUUUUGACUUUGUCACAACUGUGGCAUUUUCGAAUAACUCGGAACUUCUGAUCUCUGGCUCUGAUGACAAGACUAUUCGAGUUUGGCAUACAAGCACGGGCAAGAUUAAACAGGUCUUUACUGGUCACCGUGACUCUAUCCUCGCAGCAACGUUUGCUCAAAAUUCAGAGCUGGUAGUCUCCGGUUCUUUUGACGGAACCUUACGAAUUUGGCACCUGGCUACUGGCGAGUGUAAGCAGACGUUUGGAGAUUCACAUUCGACAAGCUCAUUGGCCAUUUCCCAUGAUGCAGAAAUGGCCGCCUCCUCGUCGGGUACGAUUGUGCAAAUUUGGCGCGCAAAUUCAGCAGAGGUUGAGCAGAUGCCGGAGAGGAUUGGGGAUUCAAUAAUCACAGUAGCCCUUUCGCAUGAUUCAAAGCUAGUAGCUUCUGGAUCUAGGGACGGGACUGUACAGCUAUGGUUUUCAAGCAACGACAAGCGGACCUUCGAGGGCCAUACUGGCGAAGUGAAUGAAGUAACCUUCUCGCAUAAUUCAGAGCUGCUUGCGUCUGCAUCUGGGGAUGGAACCAUGCGAAUCUGGUACACAAAUACCGGCCAGUGUAAGCAUCUACUCAAAUGCUCUAGCACUCUGGUAUACUCUGUAGCCUUCUCGCAUGACUCAACGCUGGUAGCCUGUGGCGCUGGCGACGCCAACGAUAUUACUGUACACAUUUGGCACGUGAAUUCGGGAGAGGUUAAACAUACCAUCAAGGGCUUUGGCGGCGGCUUUGUAACGUCGAUAGCAUUUUCUCACGAUUCAAGGCUCCUAGCCUCGAGCUCCUGGCACGGCGAUCUGCAAAUAUGGUUUGUAGACACAGGCGUGUGCUACAAGACCAUUACCUCGGACGGCGCAAUCUCGUUGGCCUUUUCGCAUGACUCAAAGCUACUAGCCUCUGCUGGGGAAGCGAAUUUACGAGUGUGGAAUGUCGAAACAGGUGAGAGUAAGCAGUCUUUCCAUGUUGGGGUGCGGAAUCUCCGAAUCUUAUGCCUCGAUGUGGACAAUGCCCGCCUUGUAACUACCCACGGCAUGUUUUCUCUGCGAGGGCUGGCUGCUGGAUCGAUCCGUACAAAGAAAAGCACACCGGCAAUACGUUACAGCAUCAGCAAAGAUGAGGGCUGGAUUACAUUUGACGGAGAAAACGUGCUCUGGCUACCAGUGGAGCGGCGUCCGUAUUGCGCGGACCGUUCGGUCGCGGUAUCAGAGUCGACCGUGGUGAUUGGAUGCGGGUCUGGCAGAGUUUUGAUAUUUGGAUUGUCUCCUCGCGUGACGGCGGUAGUGGACUGA